UUGACGGAUACAGAGAUGUCAUUCAAAAUCGGACAACGCGUCGAGGUCCCCGUGAAGGAAUGCCAAGGCGUGAUCGCCUACAUCGGUUAUCCAACGUUUGCGUCGGGUAAAUGGAUCGGCGUGAUACUCGACGAACCGAAGGGGAAGAACAACGGUAGUGUCAAGGGACAGAUGUACUUUAAGUGCGCAGAGAAUCAUGGUAUGUUUGCACGCCAAACGCAACUUAUUCUAUUGGACGAGGCUGGCAAUAGGACUGAGCCAGUUAGCCCAUCAUCUGCAGGCAGUAAUGCCACGACACCUGAUGAUAGCGCCGCUAGAGCCAGGAGUCGAUUAAAUAGCAUUAGUAUGCGUCGAAGGAAUGAGCCUACAGCUGUACGGAGAAAAACAUCUCCUGCGAAUGUUACUCGCCAGCAAACUGACAAACUUUCUAGUUCUCGAUUAUCCUUAUCUGGAAGUAGAACAUUAUUAAGUGCCCCAAGUACAGAAAGCCUAACUGGAUCAUUACACGAACGUAGAGACGGCGGCGAAUCAUUAAUCCCAGCACCAACAUCGACUUCGAAGCGUGCCUCAUUUGUUGAGAAGUCCCCUAGCACGAGCUCGCCUCCCGGCAAAAAGCCAAAGGCCCAAGAUGAUCAAAAUAAUACAGGUUUUGUAGAAACAUUGAAACCGCAAUUCGUACCCGGUCAAGUCAUGGCAGGCUCAGCAGCGGCUGCAAAUUUAGUAGAAGAAAAAUUGUCACACUUGCAACUUGUGCAAGAAAACGAUAAUUUAAAAUCUCAGGUACGUGAUCUUACUGAGAAAGUAGAAACGCUGCGUGUAAAGCGAAUGCAAGACAAGGAAAGGAUAAAAGAUUUCGAAAAAACGAAACUUCAAGUUGAACAGCUUCUUGAAUUUAAGGCCAAAGUUAUGGAAAGUCAAGCCAGCCUUCAAAGAGAACUUCAACGAGCUCGACAAGAAGCCAGAGAAGCUCAUGUGGCAAGGGAACAAUAUCAAGAAGAAAUGUCUGAUCUUGCAGAAACAGUAGAAAUGGCUACAUUAGAUAAAGAAAUGGCAGAAGAAAAGGCUGAAACUCUUCAAAUCGAGUUAGAACAACUUAAGGAAAAAUUGGAGGAACAAACAUUAGAUUUAGAGAUAUUACGCACAGAAAUGUCUGAACGGGCAGCCGGCGGUGGAUCAACUACGGGAACUUCGAGCUACGAAGUAAAGCAAUUGGAACAACAAAAUAAUAGGUUGCGUGAAACGCUCGUGAAAAUGCGCGAUUUAUCGGCGCACGAAAAACACGAAUUUCAAAAACUGCAAAAGGAUAUGGAUCAGAAAAAAUCUGAGAUCUUGGAAUUAGGUCGCACGAAAGAGAAGUUGUCGGCGCGGGUCGAAGAAAUGGAACAUCAGAUAGCAGAUCUACAAGAACAAGUCGAUGCAGCAUUAGGAGCCGAAGAAAUGGUCGAGGUAUUAGGCGAGAGGAAAAUGGCGUUGGAAGAAAAAGUGGCUGAACUGGAAGAGGCUGUUGCAGAUUUGGAAGCUCUGCAAGAUAUGUCGGAUCAAUUGGCCGAAUCGUCCAAAGAAUUAGAGCUGGAACUUCGCGAGGAAUUAGAUCUUGCACUUGGAGCAGCGCGAGACGCCCAACGACAUCGAGACGCCGCGCUGGAGACUUUGGCGGAUCGUGAAUUAACUAUUACGAAGUUCCGUGAACUUACGCAUCAGUUGCAAGAACAAUGUUUGCAGUUGCAGCAACGAGUUCAAUCAACGGAAUCCACUAAGACUAACGUUCGAGGUGCAGACCAACAACUUGCGGAAAUAUUAGACUUCCAGAAGACAUUUGCCGAGACCCGAGCACAAACUAAAGCGGUCGAUCUUGAAUUGCGUCGCUUAGACGCCGAGGAGGCACGAAAUCAUGUGUGUUAUUUGCUGUCCUUCAUGCCUCCUGCAUUUUUGACUCGCGGCGGAGAUCAUGACGCGAUAUUGACGCUCUUAUUAAUACCGAGGAUGACACAAAAAACGGAGAUAUUGAUUUCGCAAGUUCGAGAAAAGUACAGAUCGAUUGAAAAGAUAGACAGAACUUCUGUAGUGAGAGGUCAUUCGGUAGCGCAAUAUUCAUUCAGAUCUCGUUUGUGCUCGCAUAUGUAUGCUUUACAAACCACCUUGGGUUGCUUUGAGUCAGCUUUAAACUCAUGUAAUUCGGAAAUGUUACUUAAAGCGGGAGCGGCUUAUCCGGAAAUGGCGGCGCAGGAAAAGUCUUUGGAUUCACUUAUAGAGCUGGCUAAGAGAGAUCAGUUGGACGAGAAUUUGCCGAUGGACGCGAUCGAGAAAUGUUGCGGAUACUUCGCCACAAUGUUCUCCGUGCUUUUCAGCGAAAGUAUAGCUGUCAAUCAGGCACGCUUAAUCGUGAAUGGCACGAGAACUUUGGGCAAUACAUGUGAUGCCAUAACUACUGAUGCUGCGGCGAUCAAAAUAUUGAUACAAGGAGAAGGUGCUGAUAUAGGUAAACUUUGUCAGCAUAUUGAAACGACAUGCGAGGUGAUCCAGCAGCAUUUGAAAUCAGCUAGAAGACGAGUACCACGUGAUCAUGCUGGUCCAGCAUUUUCUGUAGGCGCCAAUUUAGGAUUAGAUAAAGAUUGCAACGAACAAUUUUCUACAUGUUAUCAACACGGUGUGAAGAUUACGAAGACACUUCAGUAUCUAUUGAAGAGUGCCUUGCAUGCUAUUACCGAAAAUGGCGAUUUAGACACGGGAUUACCGGCCGAUAAAUUGAAGGAGAUGGCUGCAACGUCCAGCGAAAGAGUAUACGAUACAGAAGAUCUGGGUCCCGUAGCUACUAUCAAGGCUAGUUUAACGGUAAUACAGCAACUAGCGGCCAAUCUGGCGCAGAAAAUGGCCGAGUGUGAAAAUGAAUUAGCUAUAAGCGGACAAACACAAAGUCAGCAGCAAUCUAAGGAGAACGAGCAAAUAACGCCAAUUGUGGCUAGAGCGAAUUCUGUUAGGAAGGAAUCGGAAGAAACGAAAAUACUCAGCAGAAAACUCGAAGCAAGGGAUAGUGACAUACGCGAGGCGAGAUUAGCUUUACGAGAGAAGCAAGAAGAAUUAUCUGAAAUGACACUGCGGAAAGAGUUGGCCGAGAAGCGUUUUGCGACACAACAGCAUGAACACGAAAUGAAUGUCGAGAAGUUGAAGAGAAAAUUAGAAGAGGCGCAAAAUCAAUUAAAACGCAAGGAAAAAGAAUUCGAAGAAACAAUGGAUCAUCUUCAAACCGAUAUCGAUAGCUUAGAAACAGAGAAGGGACAAUUAAAGGAAAAGCUGAAAUCGAUUGGCAAGAAAACGAUAUCAGUAUCUGGCACAGACAGCAUAAUGGGAAGCACUUCGAUAACGAGUACUUUGGACAACAAAUAUUAUGUACAGGAAAUAAACGCUCUCAAGCAAGCUUUGAAUAAUGAGCACCAGCAAAAGAAGAAGAUAAUGUCCACUAUCUUGCGUCAAAAGUUAGAUCGUUUAGAACCGUUGCCAUCGCCGACGAAUCUUAAAUCUCUGGAUACAAAACUUCAAGAAUUACGAAAGAAGACUACUGAUCUCGUCAAGGAUGUAGAAAAGACUUUGGUAUAUCCAACAGUUCCUGAUUUAAGGCGUAAAGUACCCGAAACGUCUUAUCAUUAUUUAUUGGAACGUCAAAGAAACAUUAUACAACUGAAAGAACGAGUUGAUGAAUUAGUGGCUCAAGUACGUCGCGAAGCUAUCAAACGCACACCAGGUGGAAGGGCGGAAGCGAAUUUCGCCGUGUAUCCGAAUCGUGAGAUGGCGGCAGCAAUGCAGGAACGCAAAUUACUUGCCGCCGAAAUAAAGAUCCCUUACAAUGGCCCGGAACAAUCUUUCUCUGUCAAUGUAGGACCGCAAGAACUUAGGAAAAUUCACACUCUAUUAUAUUAUUAAGAACCCGCAUUGCUUCAUUAUUUAUUUCGUGAUAAAAUAUACAAAAUCCUCACAAUGUGUCGUGCAUAAGAGAGAGACUAUCUUUCUAAUUUUUUUCAUGAUAGCAAUUUUUUAUACUAUGUUGCCGUACCCUGUGCUCUAUAAAAA